CUAAGUGUGUUAUAUUGUCCACCUUCCACCACAAAUCAUAUCUUGAAAUUGUUGUUUUCUUCCUUUUUAAUGUUGUUAGCCAAAAUGAACCCGAUUCCUAAUUGGGUAUUUGUUCUUUCGUUGUUCUUGCUUCUUAACGGAAUGGGAUCGGUUGAAAUCGAUGCUAUUGAUGCGUUAGUCGGGUUUUUCGAAAGUCUUUCCGGGAACUCUUCGAUUCCGAUUCCGGUCUCCGGUUGGAAUCUCACUUCCGAUCCUUGUGAAGCUAAGUGGACCGGAAUCACUUGCCAUGAUCAAAUAUUGUCCGUUAAGUCAAUCGCUUUUGAUAGUUUCAAUCUCUCGGGAACUUUUAACCCGAGUUUUAUAUGCAAUAUUACAUCUCUUGCCCUUUCUAUCGCUAUCAUUAGCAUCAAAAACAAUAAUCUACACGGGGACGAUUUCGACACGAUUGCUAAUUGCAAGGAACUUACUCACUUAUACAUAAGUGGAAACCAAUUCGUGGGUAACCUUCCGGAAACUCUUUCCCAAUUGAACAAUCUCAAAAGACUCGAGAUUUCAGAUAAUGGGUUCUCGGGGGAUUUACCGAAUUUGCCCCGAAUAUCGGGCUUAAUCGAGAUUUUAGCCCAAAACAAUCAAUUCUCGGGGCCCAUACCCGAAUUUGAUUUCUCAAAUCUAGCAUCUUUUAAUGUAUCCAAUAAUAAUUUUUCGGGCCCGGUCCCACCAGGGGGUGACCGUUUUACCCCCUCUAGCUACCUUGGGAAUCUUGGAUUAUGUGGCGACCCGUUACCAAACAAAUGUGAAGUCCCGGGACCCACAAGCCCACAUGCGGCCCAAACCUCGGAUAACUCAAAAAAGAACGGGUCAAAUUCGACUGAAAUCUUGAUGUACUCGGGCUAUGCUCUCAUUGGCUUAGCCAUUUUGCUCUUGAUUAUGCUCAAGAUAUGUAAAAAGGGAAAAAACAAGAAAGAAGAGUUGGUGGAAGAAGGUGAUGAUGAUAACUAUCGAUCAAAAGACGAAAAUGCCCUUGAAUCUAUCGAAUUCAAAAGCAUUACAAUGAGUAAAUCCGAGGUUUUUGGUGGGAAUUCGAUCGAGAGUGGGCCUGUUUCUUCUUCUUUGAUUGUUCUCACGAGCCCGGAAGUUAACGGGUUGAAAUUUGAAGAACUUUUGAAGGCACCCGCGGAGUUGUUGGGGAGAGGGAAACAUGGGAGUGUUUAUAAGGUGAAAUGUGAAGAAGAAGGAAUGACUCUUGCGGUCAAAAGGAUUAAAGAUUGGUUGUUACCUUCGGACGAAUUUAAGUUAAGAAUGAAAAGAUUGAAUCAUGUGAAGCAUCCGAAUGUAUUGCCGGUUGUUGCAUUUUAUUGUUCGCGACAAGAGAAGCUUAUGGUUUAUGAGUAUCAACCUAAUGGAAGUCUCUUUAAGCUCCUUCAUGGAAUGCCAAUGGGUCAAACAUUCGACUGGAGCAGCAGGCUCGGAGUUGCAUCCACCAUAGCCGACGCUUUAUCAUUCAUGCACGAUGAGCUUCAUCCAGACAACAUCCCUCACGGAAACCUAAAAUCCUCAAACAUUCUCUUCAACAACAACAUGGAAGCUUGCAUCAGCGAAUAUGGUCUAAUGUCACUCAACAAUUUCAACAAUUCCCCAAUCCCCAACAACAACACCUUGCAACUCGAUCAAAUCGAUGGAUUCAGAGGCGAUAUUUAUGCAUUUGGGGUUAUUCUUCUUGAGCUUUUAACCGGAAAGAUGCCGAUGGUGGAAAACAACGGGAUGGAUCUCGCGACGUGGGUGGUUUCGGUGGUCAAAGAAGAAUGGACGGUGGAGGUGUUUGAUCGAGCACUGAUUCGGGAAGGCGCGAGUGAAGAAAGGAUGGUGAAUUUGUUGCAGGUUGCAAUCAAAUGCGUUGACAAAUCGCCGGAGUCGAGGCUGAGUAUUAAUCAAGUUGCAGGUAUGAUUAAUAACAUCAAGGAAGAUGAUGAAAGAUCGAUUGAUGUUUCAGAGUCUCCCUUUGAUGCAAGGAAAUAAGGGGGAUUAGAAGUGUUAAAAAUGUUUUUUAAUAUGAGAUAUUUUGAAUUUGGGUUUUGAUUUUCGUGGGUGACGUGUUGGUACUUUCUUUAUAGAACAUUGUGUGUUUAGGGUUUUUGUUCUUGAAGUAAAAUAUAUUUGGAAUUUAGUUUUGUAAGAAGAAUCUUUAAAUGAAAGCUUCUUGGAUUUUUUUUUCUUUCAUUGAAAAUGUGGGUUGGAUUUGAGCUAACUUUAGGGAAAAUGACAAUGUAACAUAACGAACUUUGUGAUUUGUCCCAAUUUGGUUAUUAAUUUUUUUUGUGCAAUAGGUCACUAAUUUUUUAAAUCAAUACUUACCUACGUGGUGCUGGCAUGGCCUCCAUGUGUCAAUGAUGCCUUUACGAAAUCAACUCCCACCAUCGCCACAAUGAUUGUCCAUGUGCAACCACCUUUGUCGGCUUACUCACUGUCCACCUCUUGGUACCACCAACAUUCAUCUUCCUCCAAAGCAUCAUCAACACACCAACAUUAAACACAAAACCUAGAAAAAACAUCAUAUUGAAUACAAAAAACCCAAGAAAAGGGAGAAC